AUGGCACGUAACGGAAAGAAAAACGACAUUGAGACGAAAGAGUUUGUGCUAGAAACGAAGAAGACGGUGAGCCGAGAGAUCCUUGCGAAUCCGUCCGAUCUUCGCGUUUCAGCUGCUUUUCGACGCGAAAGAUCUCGGAUGGAGCAACACUCCGGCCUAUCUGAGCAUCAAGAAUCCGACAAAGGGCAAGUAUUUGUGGAAGGCGAAAUCGUCGAACAAUCGGAUGUUCAAGAUCCACAGCCCCAUCGGGUUUAUCGAUUCGAAAGGGAGUGCGAGUUUGGAAGUGAGCAUCAUAAUUGAUCAUUUGAAUUGGAUUGGAUUUGCAGGUAGUCCACGUGGCAGGCAUUCUGAUUCCUCUGAACGGUGCGCAUCACAUCUCCAUAUAUUACGUCAAAGUCGAUGAAGAUCCGAAGGUAUUCGGCUACGAUUGCCACGCGGAUUCUGAAACAUUUCGUUUCAGGAGCGUCGUAGCUUUUGGAAUACGAAGAGACCGCAAGGAUGUCGGCACGUGGGCGUCCACUUUAACCAAAGAAAAGAGAAAUUGGUGAUCGGCGCGGACUUUGACGAAAAGAUGGACGAGGCGGCAUUCAAGAAGCUGAAGGCGCAAAUGUUGAAAGAUAAUUUAUUGAUUCCGGCCGAUAAAAAUUGA